AUGGCGGUGCUCCGAGGCCGCCGCCACUGCAAAUACCGACGCCGCUGCCCGCUCCGGGCCCAGCGCCAACGCACCGCUUUACCCCGCCUGCUCCCCGCUCCCGCGCUGCCCACCCUGGGCCCGCUGUCGCAGGUGCGACACAACUACCACCCCAGCUGCGAGGCCGCCAUCAACAUCCACGUCAACCUGCAGUUCCACGUCUCCUACGUGUACCUGUCCAUGGCCUUCUACUUCGACCGGGACGGCGCGGCUCUGAAGCACUCUGACCGCUACUUCUUGCGCCUGUCACACGAGAAGAGGGAACACGCUCAGGAGCUGAUGAGGCUGCAAAACCUGCGCGGUGGCCACAUCUCCCUUCAAGACAUCAGUAAGACAGAGCGCCAAGGCUGGGAGAGCAGGCUCGAGGCCAUAGAGUACGCCUUCCACCUGGAGAAGAGCAUCAACCAGAGCCUCCUGGAGCUGCACCAGCUGGCCCUUGUGAAGGACGACCCCCAGCUGUGCGACUUCCUGAAGAGCCGCUUCCUCAACCAGCAGGCCAAGACCAUGAAAGAGCUGGGUGCCUACCUGAGCAACCUGCGCAAGAUGUGGGCCCUGGAACCUGGCCUGGCAGAGUAGCUGUUUGACAGGCUCACUCAGGGCAGGAGAGAGAAAGAGACCUGAGCCCAGACGGGCCCCACAAUCACAGGAUGCCUUCCCUGGAUCUCGCCACCAGACAGGACAUGCACGUUGCCCUUUAAGAACAUUUUCUUCAGUUUUUUUCCUCUCAGUUUUACCGUUGUUGGUAAUAAAGUUAUCUGUUUUCAAAAC